AUGGAGGCCAAAACCAGCAAUCCACCAGAUGGUGGCUAUGGAUGGGUUGUGGUAGCGUCAGCCUUCAUGGUGAUGGGCCUCACUGUUGCUGUCCUCAAGACUUUUGGUCUGUUGUUUGUUGAAAUCCAGCAGCACUUUGACGAACAUGCAAGUACCACUUCCUGGAUCACAUCAGUAACUAUUACUGUCUUCCAUUUAGGAGCCCCUGUUGCCAGCUCACUCUGUGCACGAUACACCCAUCGGGCAGUUGUGAUCACUGGAGGAUUCCUGGCUUUUUCAGGAAUGACACUGGGAUUUCUUGGACUCAACAUGGUCUGGAUGUAUGCAACAACUGGCUUCCUACAGGGACUUGGGAUUUCCUUUUCAUGGAUACCAGCCAUUAGCAUUGUGAGCCAUUAUUUCUCCAAGAAAAGAGCUUUGGCCAGUGCUAUUGCCAGUGCUGGAGAAUGUGUCUUUGCGUUCAUGUUUGGGCCACUUUUCCAGUGGUUGAUAAGUCAAUAUGGAUGGAAAGGUGCCCUCUUGAUCAUAGGUGGCAUCCAACUCAAUAUCUGUGUCUGUGGAGUACUGAUGCGACCCCUGGCAAGCAGCUGCCUCCUUGAGGCUAGACAUCAUGAAACUGAGAGAUCACCUGGCAAUGGUGAAUCUAGGAUAGACAAAGAAGAUAAGUCUCCCACCACACACAAAACCUUCAACUGGAUGCUUCUUAGACAACCAGAGUUUGUACUUUAUGCCGUUUUUGGUAUAUUAGCUGCUAUGAGUUUUUUUGUUCCUCCCUUAUUUUUAGUUCCACUUAGUUACAGCCUGGGAAUAGACGAUUCAUGGACUGCAUCACUGUUAUCCAUUUUAGCUAUGGUGGACUUUGCAGGCAGGCUGCUCUGUGGCUGGUAUGCCAAUCUCCACGUUACCAAAACAGUACAUUUGCUGACAGUGACAAUUACACUGAUCAGCACUUCCCUGAUGCUGUUGCCACUGGCUAACAGUUACCUGUCCUUGGCAAUAUUCACUGGCUUGUAUGGAUUCUUCUUUGGUACAACAGUCGCCAUUCAUAUUACAGUGCUAGCAGAUGUUGUAGGCAUGCCAGAUUUUGACAGUGCUCUAGGGCUUUUCAUGCUCAUUCGAAGCACUGGAGGUUUUGUGGGACCUCCUCUUGCUGGUCUGAUCGUGGACAUGACUGGAGAUUACAGAGCAGGCUUCUAUAUGGCAGGAGCAACUCUUAUCCUAUCAGCUGUGGUUUUAGUUACUUUAGAUCAGCUUCAACAGAGAAAAGAAAAAGGAACCCAGACCAAUACUACACAAGAAAACUCAACAUUACCCUAUUCUACCCUCAUUCUCCUGAAACUUCAAACCAAAAGAAGCUGUACUGAGAGGAAUUUAAACUCGUGAUAGUCAUAAGAGAACAGAUCAAAGAAGAAAAAACAGAGGAAGUCAAGGAGAAAAAAGCUGCUCAUGCCUUUCAGUUAACAGAGAGAAUACACAUCUGAAAGAGGCUUGAACAGGACCAAGCUCACAAUAUGCCUAGAAGAAACCACCAUAUAGAUGGCAACUUUUUCAGGGGGACAGGACGUGGCUAUCUUGCAGCAGAAGA